AUGCCGAACAAGAAGACGAAGAAGGGCAAAGAUCGCCUGGACAAGUUCUACCACUUGGCAAAGGACCAGGGCUAUCGGGCACGUUCUGCCUUCAAGCUGAUCCAGCUGGCCAAGAAGUUCGACUUCCUGUCCAAGUCCCGGGUCUGCCUCGACCUUUGCGCGGCACCCGGCGGCUGGUCGCAGGUAGCACAGCGGAACAUGCCCGUUGGUUCGCAGAUCAUCGCCAUCGACUUGGCUCCCAUUAAGCCCAUGCCCGGUGUGACCUGCAUACAAUCGGACAUCACCACCGAGAAGUGCCGGAGCUUGGUGCGCAAGGAGCUGAAGGGCGGCCGGGCCGACGUGGUCCUCCACGACGGAGCGCCCAACGUAGGCAGCUCCUGGUCCAAGGACGCCUUCAGCCAAGCGGAGCUCACGCUGCACUCGCUGCGCCUCGCCUGCGACUUCCUGAAAGCCGGCGGCAGCUUCGUGACGAAGGUCUUCCGAUCGGCCGACUACAACUCCUUGCUUUGGGUCUUCAACCAGCUCUUCAACAAGGUGGAUGCCACGAAGCCCACGGCGUCGCGGAACGUCUCCGCCGAGAUCUUCGUAAUGUGCAUCGGACUGGAGCCCCAGUGGGGGUUUAGGGCUCUUGGGAGGGCUCUUAGACAGGUUGAUCGGGCCGGGCGCUGA